AUGGCCAUGGGAGCUGGCAACACUGCAGCACCUUUGAGAAACAAGUACUUUUAUUCACUCUGUGAAGGCAGUACAGAAUUCUCUGACCAGUCAUUUGCACAGAAGUUGCUGGUGGUAACUGCACUGAAGUCAUUCCAUGUGGCGGGGAAACCGACGCCCCCGGCGGGGAAACCGACGCCCCCGGCGGGGAAACCGACGCCCCCGGCGGGGAAACCGACGCCCCCGGCGGGGAAACCGACGCCCCCGGCGGGGAAACCGACGCCCCCGGCGGGGAAACCGACGCCCCCGGCGGGGAAACCGACGCCCCCGGCGGGGAAACCGACGCCCCCGGCGGGGAAACCGACGCCCCCGGCGGGGAAACCGACGCCCCCGGCGGGGAAACCGACGCCCCCGGCGGGGAAACCGACGCCCCCGGCGGGGGAAACCGACGCCCCCGGCGGGGAAACCGACGCCCCCGGCGGGGAAACCGACGCCCCCGGGUCUCAGUGA